AGGGUGUGAUUUCGUAAAAUGGCCGUUAUUAGCAAACCUACAUCGUGGCCUCAACACGCAACACAGAGAAGGGGGAGACGUUCCCUUUUGACUUGACGAGAGACGAAUCUUCUGAAGAACCAAAACAAGCCAUUCGGUUUCAUUUCCAUCAAAUUCACCUACCAGUUACGAUUAUUAAUCCAAUGAUGCAGUCGUCAAGAUCGUUGAUUCAGCGCCUCACUCCUAUAUUUGCUGCUCGAAUUCGUCAGAAUUCAAGGCUUCUUAGCUCCUCCGCCUCAUCAUCUCUUCUCGCUAAAGAUCCCCAAUCCUCUCCGGCAUCUUCUUCCGGUGAAGAAUCCGUUCAUUUGUCUGAUAAUUGCGUCAGGAGGAUGAAAGAACUGCAAGCUGAUGAAGCUAAAGAGAAACUGCUUCGAAUAAGCAUAGAGGCAGGUGGUUGCUCUGGUUUUCAAUACAACUUUGCACUUGAAGAAAAACCUAACGAUGAUGACAGGAUUUUUGAGAGGGAUGGCGUUAAAUUGGUGGUUGAUACAAUAUCAUUAGGUUUUGUAAAAGGUGCAACAGUUGAUUAUGUUGAAGAGUUGAUCCGUUCUGGGUUUCAGGUAGCAGAAAAUCCAAGUGCAGUUGGUGGGUGUAGCUGUAAAAGUUCAUUCAUGGUGAAAUAGUUUCGAGCCAUCAAACAAGACCCGUAUACAGUUUUAACACACUAUCCAGAGAUCAUAGUUAAAUCGACUUAUCGAUCACACUCUGAAUUUGGUAUGUGGAUUGAAUGUUGUUUAUGGAAAUUUAUACGUAUCUAGUUAUUCUAUUUGUACACUUGAUACUAGUUGGUAGCUCUUGUUUUUGGAUAAACGCCUGCAUUCUUUGUGUCCAAACAACAUAAAUAAAUCGGUUCAUUUUGGCCUAUGGCUGUUGCUUCUUGUA